AUUAGCAUAAUAUUGAAACGAAAACGUUUUAAUCUCGUCUCGUCUCUCCGACGGGCUAUGUGUGCAUCUCGUUGGUGAUUUUCUUUUAAGAAAAAUGAAGUUUAUUAUUUCAAUUGUAUUUUUACAUUCCUUUGUUAGUAUAGUGUCGUCGUCUUUUUGCUAUUGGAACGCUGGAUGUCCAUAUAGAUAUUUUUCAACAAAAACACCGUACAAGAAUGUACGUGGGGAUAUCAGAGAUACCAUUAUUAAAUUACAAGGAUGUGAACCGGUCAGUGUUUGGGGUUUGAUUAGUGAUGGAAACCGAAAUCCAGGGGCAGGUUUUGCCAGCAAUUUGGAUAAAGCGAUGGAUAUCAGAAAACAUGUUUUAUCAAGUUUCGAACAUGGAGAUAGUUCACUAUGUGCUCAAGAUGUGCAAUAUCUAGAAGAAUGGAGCAUGGAUAAAAAAGUUCUUGCUGAACCUAACAGUUUAACUGAAGAAGGCAAAAACGAUUUCACUAGUUUUGGAGACCGACUGAAGAAGGCGUUCCCUAAAUUAUUUAACAAUUUAGGAGAAGCGGAUUAUGAGUUACGUCCAGCGGCAGGCGGUCAAAUCGAGGAUAAUGUUAAGGCUUUCAUUAAAGGGCUCCGAAACGAAAAAUUGAAAAUACAAAAAGCUAAGAACGGAUUCGAUGAAAUAGCUUCAUACGCAUCGUGCAACAACUUCCAAAAAGACGUUGAGCAAAAUCCGAAAUCACUCAAUGAAGUUAAUAAAUAUUACAAAACAUCUGAAUAUUUAGCAGCUAAGGAUAGAAUACAAAGACGUUUAGGCAUAAAGGAUGACUUAUCACAUGAAUUAUUGUUUGUAUUAUACGAUCUUUGUCGUUACAUAAAGAAAGACAGCCAUUUCAGUCCGUGGUGUACCAUUUUCACAAGUGAAGACUUAAAGGCAUUCGAAUAUAUCGAAGAUUUGAUACAUUAUUAUAAAUACGGCUAUGGUUCGCCAAUGAGUAAACAGCUUGGUGACUUCCCAUUAGCAGAAUUACUAAAAAAUUUCCAACAAGUAAAAGAAGGACAAGGAAAGAAGUUCGUGGGGUAUUUCACCAAUCCAAUCAUGACAGAAAUGGCAUGCACGACACUUAAUCUUUACAAAGACGAGAGCCCACUUACAGCAGCUAAGCGGGAUCCUAACAGAAAUUGGAGGUCCAGUGUAUUAGCUACGUACUCUUCAAAUCUACUCGCCGUUAUGAACAGAUGCGAAAAGAAUGGACAUCAAGAUUACAAUGUGGUGUUCUAUUUUAACGAGGAACCACUGAGAUCCAUUUGCGAAUUCGGAGUUUGCACUUGGCAAGAAUUUGAGGGCAAGUUAAAACCGUCCUUGAAUGCUACGAGGGAUUUCUGCGGAGUUUAAGGACGAUCCAUUAAUACUUUAAAUUAAUUCUACUUGAUAAGUUACACAUAAUAUUGUAAUGUAAGGAACUGAAUGUAUAUGAUAUUGGGUGUAAAUUUAUGGUUAUUAUUUUCUAUGUAUUUAUGUAUUUUUUAAAUAAACUAUUUUUAUAUA